AUCCGACAGAUGGAGCCCCCAGCAGCACCAGUGGCUCUCGCGCCUCUGGCAGCCUCGACGUCAUGCCUGGCGGACAGGACAGCUUCCGUGGAGCCUCUGACCCUGCGAUCCGAGGCGGAAGAAGGCGAGGAGGAGGACGACGAAGAUGAGGAUGACGACGACGAGGAGGAGGAGGAGGAGGAGGAAGAAGAAGACGACGAAGAGGAGGAUGAUGCGAAGGAGGCCUUCUAUGAGGCGAGAAAUGGCAACGAAAGCGACGAUCUGGAGCAGGCCUUUCAAAGUGCUCUUACCCUGGAUGUCCAAGUGAAUGUGAGUGAAGUGCCAGAGGAUUCCCCCAAAGGUGGACCUAGUAGGGAUGAACCAGAGCCGGAGCCGGAGCCAGGGCAGGAGGAGCUGCAGCUUCAAGGAGCCUGCGGAUUAUCGAAGCCAUCUAGUAAUCACACCACCAGAGAAGAUAAACCCGUAGAACCACAUGAACCCCGCCACCAGACCCUCCUCUCCACCAAAUCCUGCGAAACGCCGGCCAACACCACCACCCUCUCGCCCACGAACUCGUACAACGGCAGCAUUGGCAGCGACGGCGGCAGCAGCGUGGGUGGCGGUGCCCGGCGCAAGUCCUGGACCCUGUCGCCCCAAAGCGGCAACUCCACGCCGCUCAGCGGCGCCAAGAAGAAGACCAAGCCGGGAGCAGCGGCAGCUCCACCCAGCUCCAGCCUGUCCAGCACCAAUGGCGAGGGCUUCAACCUGUGGGUGGCGCGGGAGUGCUUCGAGACUGUGCCCGCCGAGAUGGUGGACAGCCUGAGCAUGGCCGAGGUCAGCGAGGAGGUGGACGAGGAGGAGGAGGAGGAGGACGAGGAGGCGGCCGCCGUGGAGAGUCUCCUGGGAGCGGCAGCCGCUCUGCAGGCCUCCGCCCAUGUCCAGCGCCGCCAGCAGCAGCAGAAGCAUCAACAGCUGCAGCUCCAGCCCCACCACCACCAGCAGCACCAGCAGCAGCUGCACCAUCACCAUCUGAGGCAGCCAUCGCCGCCCCAGCAUCGACCCCUGGAGCGCUCCUGGCCGCCGAGAGCCGUGGGCCGUGAUCUCAAGCUGCAGGGCGAUGUCUUCCAGUUCGACAUCCUCGACACGGACGAGAGGCUGGCGGAGGAGCUGCCUCCGGGCAGCGGCAGCUCCAACAACUCGCCCCUGGCCACGCCGCCGGUGCGCUUCAAGCCGCUGCUGAAGAAGAAGAUCGGGCCGGACAGCUACAUCAACACCAUCAGCACCCAGAAGGUGCCGGCCCAUCAGAGCUACGAGUUCCCCACCUUCCCCAGCUCCUCGGGCGGCGCGGCCUCAUCCUCGGCCGCCUCGUCCUCGCCGAACAACCUCCAGUUCCCGUACCUCCGCCAGCACCGUCCGCUCACCCGCGCCCUGUCCAACGGCAAGGCCAGUUCCUCGGAGGAGCAGGCCUCGCCCCGGCUCCUGCUCUCGCCCAAGCGGCCAAGGAGUCCCCCGUCCGGCUGCUCGACGCGCAGUGCCUCGCCCCUGGAUUUGAGCCUCAGUCCGGAGCAGCACUCCCCCACCCGGGGCCGGGGAGUGGGCGGCGUCCUGCAGGAGCCAGUGCCACCCGGAACACCCACAUUCCACGGCCAGCGGCCGCAGCAGCGCCUUCUCAAGCGUGUGGGCGGUGGAGCCGGAGCUGGAGCCGGAGUCGGAGCCGGCGUGGCCAGUGGCUCCUCUCUGGUCUGCCCGCCCACACCCACGCACCACGCCCGGCGGCACGCCCGCCUCCAAGCCGUCACUGCCAACUCGAGCCUCGCCAGCGGCGUCGGCGGCGGAGUGCCGCACCUAGCGGACCCCGCCCCGUCCGCCGCCUCUAGUCAAUUGGACUACAUCUACCUGCAGGAGGACGCUGUGGCGCCGGAGCCAUCGGGCCAGGAGGCGGCCAGCAGCGACGAGGUGGUCCACAUCAGCAGCACCCGACUGCCCUCCAUCCCGGAGCGCAGUGCCGCAGCGGCGGCGGCAGCGGCAGCAGCAGCAGCGGCCGCCGCAGGAGCCGCUCUCAUGGAGCCCGGAACCGGCGCCGGUUCUGGGGGAGUGGGCAGCGGGGCGGCGGCGGCCACCGGAGAGCCACCACUGCCGCCGGCGUGGGAGGCGCGCAUGGACAGUCACGGCCGCAUCUUCUACAUCGAUCACACGACGCGGACGACCUCCUGGCAGCGACCGGGAGCGGCGCCGAGUGCCGGGCCGGCAGGACGGGAGCAGCAUCAUCGCCAGCAGCUGGACAGGCGCUACCAGAGCAUCCGGCGCACCAUCACGAACGAGAGCCGGGCAGCGCAGCUCUACAGCCUGCCGACAUCCGGUGGCGCCGCAACGAAUCCGGCUGCGGCAACGGCAUCGCCUCCGCCGCCGACGGCUGCCACGUCGACCGCCGCCGCCACCGCCGCCGGGCUGCAUCCCGCCAUCCUGAUGCUCUGCCGGCCGGACUUCUACUCGCUGCUGCACACCAAUGAGGCCGCCCUGGCGAUCUACAACCGGAACGCGGCCCUCAAGCACAUGGUGAUGCGGAUCAGGCGCGACCCGCAGUGCUUCCAGCGCUACCAGUACAACAAGGACCUGGUGGCCCUCGUCAACACCUUCGCCCAGCUGAGCCGCGAGCUGCCCUCCUGCUGGGAGACCAAGCUGGACCAGUCCGGCAAGCAGUUCUUCAUCGACCACCAGCACCGGCGCACCUCCUUCAUGGAUCCCCGCCUGCCGGUCGAGUGUCCUCGGGUGGUGCGCCACCGCCAGCAGCAUCCCCAGCAGCAGCAGCCGACCGGCUACUGCCAUCCGGACCUGGUCGACGGCAACUGCCUCUCGGCCACCAGUGGCCACAUCAACGCCAGCCCGGCCUCCUCGGUAUCCGGAGUACCGCCGCUGCCGCCGCCCAGGCCCCUGUCCUCCUCCUCCGGCACUGCGAGGAGUCACGGCCAUGGACAUGGCCACAACUGCACCACGGCGGCGGCCAUCGCCUGCCUCAGUCUGGGCGGGGCGGCGGGCGGAGCUGUGGGCGUGGGCGUGGCAGCCGGAGCAGGAGCAGCAGCCGCCGGAUACGAAGACGUUCCAAUAGCCUACAACGAAAAGGUGAUUGCCUUCCUGCGGCAGCCGAACAUCCUGGAGAUCCUGCGGGAGCGGCAAGGACAGCACACAGUCUCCCGGUCGCUGCGCGAGAAAAUCAAUAUCCUGCGAGUGGAGGGCGUCCCGGCCCUCGAGCGCCUGGGCCAUGACCUACAAUUGACCAUUUUGCUGAGCCUGUUCGAGCAGGAGAUCAUGAGCUACGUCCCCAUCGAGGAGCGCAGUCCCCAGGGCUCCCCGGUGCUCAGCUCCCGGAUGCCGCAGCGGGCGCCGCCUCCCUUCCGCCGGGACUUCGAGGCCAAGCUGCGCAGCUUCUACCGCAAACUGGAGUCCAAGGGAUACGGCCAGGGACCCCACAAACUCAAGCUCCACAUCCGACGAAGCCACUUGCUGGAGGACGCCUUCCGGCGGAUCAUGUCCGCCAACAAGAAGGACCUGCAGCGCGGUCGCCUGGCCGUGCUGUGGGACACGGAGGAGGGCCUGGACUACGGCGGACCGUCGCGGGAGUUCUUCUUCCUGCUCUCCCGGGAGCUGUUCAACCCGUACUACGGCCUGUUCGAGUACUCCGCCAACGACACGUACACGGUGCAGGUGUCGCCGCUGUCGGCGUUUGUGGACAACUGCCACGACUGGUUCCGGUUCAGCGGGCGGGUCCUGGGCCUGGCCCUGGUCCACCAAUACCUGCUGGACGCCUUCUUCACCCGGCCCUUCUACAAGGCCCUGCUCCGGCUGCCGGUGGCGCUCAGCGAUCUGGAGUCGCUGGACAACGAGUUCCAUCAGUCGCUGCAGUGGAUCCGCGACAACGACAUCGGCAGCGGCGUCGAUCUCGGCCUCACGUUCUGCGUCACCGAGGAGCUGCUGGGCCGGAUUGUGGAGCGGGAGCUGAAGCCCGGUGGCAAGAACAUGAUCGUCAACGAGAAGAACAAGAAGGAGUACCUCGAGCGGAUGAUCAAGUGGCGGCUGGAGCGCGGCGUCCAGGAGCAGACCGAGUCCCUGGUCCGGGGCUUCUACGAGGUGGUCGACUCCCGGCUGGUCUCCGUCUUCGAUGCCCGGGAACUGGAGCUGGUGAUCGCCGGCACCGCCGAGAUCGACACCAACGACUGGCGCCUGAACACCGAGUACCGGUCCGGGUAUCACGACAACCACCAGGUGAUCGUGUGGUUCUGGCAGGUGAUCGAGCGCUUCAGCAACGAACAGCGCCUCCGACUGCUGCAGUUCGUGACCGGCACUUCCAGCAUCCCCUACGAGGGCUUCUCCGCCUUGAGGGGCUCCACUGGACCGAGGCGAUUCUGCAUCGAGAAGUGGGGCAAGCCGAACGCCCUGCCCCGGGCCCACACCUGCUUCAAUCGGCUGGAUCUGCCGCCGUAUCCGACGCCGGAGCUGCUCUACGAGAAGCUCCUGCUGGCCGUCGAGGAGACGAAUACGUUUGGUAUCGAGUAGUCACGUGAUACAGCACCGCCGCCGCCUCCUUAUGUUGCACCAAAAAAAACAAAAACAAAAACACACCAAACACCUAUGA